AUGGAUCCUGUUCAAGAAUCUGUAACUUUCCCUUCCAUCGUCAAGGAUAAGAUGGUUCUACUCGAUAUGCUUCUUGCGAAGUUGCAGUCUGUUGUUAACAUUGCAAGAGCUUUGAAUAUGCAUUCCCACCUCAGAAAACUAGUGUUCUUUAUUGGACAUUCAGAAUAUGUUAAUUAUUACCCUCAUCAGGUAACUAAGAUGCUAAAGCUUGCUCUUUAUCGUGAUGAACAUGUGAUUGAAAAGUACGAAAUUUUCACUCUGCGAAAACAGUUGCUUUUUCCAAGUAGAUUAAAUCGUUUUGCUUGUAGAGUUGGAUUGUGUCUCAAAAUUCGAAAGCUUGUCAAGAAAUUGGAUAAGAUAGAGGAAUGCAGAGGGGUUGUGCUAUGUCCGAGUGCUAGUGCUCCUAGGGAAAGAGCGCUUGCACAUACGCAGACGUCUGUUCGUUGCCCUGAUGUCUUAGGAAGGGACACUGAUAGAGAUAUCAUUGUUGAAAUGCUUUUAACUUCAGGAAAUGAAGCAUCCCUUUUUGUAAUUCCCAUUGUUGGAGUUGGAGGUAUUGGAAAAACUACUCUCGCAAAACUGGUGUAUAAUGAUCCAAGGAUAGUUAGUCAUUUUCAACUACGUUCGUAUUUAUGUGAGAAUCUUGAUAUGAAUGUACUGCAGAAACUCAUUUGUGAGGCUUUGUAUGAAAAUAAUUAUUUGAUUGUUUUGGAUGAUGUAUGGAACGAGGAUCCAAUGAAGUGGGAUGAGUUGAAGAAGUCGUUGGUGGUGGGUGCUUGCGGAAGCAAGAUUCUGAUUCUUGUAACUACGCGGAAUGAGGCAGUAGCUUUUGUGAUGGGAACGGUUCCUCCAUACUGUUUGAAGGGUUUAUUGAGUGAAGAUUGUCUGACUUUAUUCUUGAAAAACGCCUUUAAACAAGGUUACGAAGUGUUAUAUCCAAAUCUCGUUGGGAUUGCUUCAGAUUUAGUGCAGAAUUGUGAUGGAAAUCCCUUAGUCUAA